AUGGCUGAGUUACAAGCUUUCCAACAGUUAGUCGUCAACUUGUUGGGAACCGACAACAAAACUCGUGAUUUGGCCGAGAAACAAUACAAUGAAUUGCCACUUCAAAACCGAGCUCAAUUCCUGUUGCAGCUCUACAUGGAUGCGACCGUGAAUGCGGAAGUAAGUUGAAUUUUGUUAUUUUUGUUUUAUUUUUAGGUAUAUUUAUGGCAGAAGUAUCAUUUUGAUCAUGUUUUCAUGAAAGUUUGUCAAGUAUAAUAUAAUAUAAGUGCUAAAAAAUAAAAAAUGAUCGUUUAAAUACAAAUGUUAUUUCAGGUACGUUCUAUGUCGUUGGUAUUGUUCAGGCGUUUGCUAUCUGCUGAUUAUAACGAAUUGAUUCAUGCUAUCGGAGAAGCCGGCAAACAAGAGUUUUUCCAGAAGUUCAUCGACUUUAUAACUCAAGAACAAGCUCCAAUUCUUCGAAAACGCUUAACUGACAUCGUUGCUGAGAUCUCAAGGAAUACUAUUAGUAAGUUGGUUAAUAUUAAUGACUGUUUUAAAAUCUUUUGCUCUUACUUUACGAAAAUAAAUUGACAGUUUAGCUGUUAUGAGAUGUUUUUGUUAACAAAGUUCUAAAAAAUUUUAUUUUUGUAUUAAAAAUAAUGUUUUUGUUUGAAGAAUAGUUGAAAAUUAAGAUAUGGGUAUUAAACAGAUUACUAAUGCUAUUUUAAACUAUAUUGUUUUAGAUGAAGAUAGCGGAAAGCAAGAAUGGACUGGAGUCAUGCAACUCAUCGAACAUUGUGCUACAUCUGAUCGUCCUGAGCUUCGUGAAGUUGGAAUGCAACUUAUUGAGUAAGUUAUUACUUUUUUGUGUUGGUUUUUAGGUAUUGGACAAUGAUUUUUCUGUAAAAUUUUUUUUGGUUUAAAUCAACAAAAGUUUGACAUGAUGGAUCUAAAUAUUAAAUUACCUACCGAUAAUGUAACGAUUUCUGUUUAGAAAUGUACCAAACAUCUUUGGAGUAGAUCAAGAACAAUAUAUGAAUGGAAUCAAGACCAUGUUCCAAUCGUCUUUGUUAUACGGAGCCGACAGCAAAGUGAGAACGGCUGCUGUUAAGGCUUAUGUUAGUUUUGUAUGCGAAAACGAUGAGAACGAUGUUGUGGUCAAGACCUUGGCGGAUCUUAUUCCAGCUGUUCUUCAGGUAAUUUUUAGUUUGUUAGAUAUUUUUUGAUAUUUAAUAUUUUUUAACUAGAGAUGAUUUUUUUGAAUGCAGGAUAAACUAAAAAACCCUAUUUUUACUAGUUUAAUAUCUUGUUUAUGCAUUUAGGUAUGCCAACACGUCGUAACCACCGAAGACGACGAUGAUGUUCCGCUUCAAUGUCUCGGCGACCUAGCCUCGGCCGUGCCAAAGAUUUUAACUCCACAUCUGACCACAAUUGCCGAACUUUGCCUUCAAACUAUGGGAAACACGGAGAAGGAUGAGAACUACAGACAUUCAGCAUUAGAAGUGAUGGUAUCAUACUGCGAAGCGGCUCCAGCCACGAUGAGAAAGAAGGGUGCCAGAUUCUUGCCAUUAUUGGUUCAAAAUUGUUUAAAGUUGAUGACCGACCUGGAGGAAGACAUCUCCGACUGGCUGGCUUGCGAUAACAUUGAUGAAGAUGAGGACGAAGAGAAUGUUGGUAUCGGUGAGAUGGCUCUGGACAGAAUUUGCUGUGCUGUUGGCGGAAAGGCUGUCAUGCAGCCAUUGCUACAGGCUAUAAAUGAGAUUAUUAAGCACGGUAAGAGUUUUGAGAUUUUGAAGGUGUUUCAGAUAGUUCAUUGGGCCGUUAAUUGAAUUUUUGUUUAUUUUAAAAAACAUAAUUCUAAGUUUAUACAAGGGUAAUAUUUAUUAUUAUUUUUUCAGAAGAUUGGAGAUACCGUCACGCUGCCAUCAUGGGUCUCUCAACAAUGGGCGAAGGCUGCCGACGUCAGAUGGAGCCUCUGAUCUCCCAAAUCAUUCAUGACAUGGUCAUUCCCUGUAUUCAAGACCCCCACCCUCGAGUACGCUACGCCGUCUGCAACUGUCUCGGUCAAAUGUCAACUGACUUUUCACCAACAGUCCAAAAGAAGUGCCACGAACGAGUUUUGGGCGCCUUGAUCGAAAACGUAGGUGAUCUAACUACUCCACGUGUCGCUGCUCAUGCUGGAGCUGCGUUGGUCAACUUCUGCGAGGAAUGUCCCAAGAGUAUCAUGGGAGUGUACCUAAAGUCUAUCAUGGACAAACUUGAGUCAGUACUGGCAGAAACCUUCCAAAAGAUGGUCGAAAGUGGAAAGAAGCUCGUGCUCGAACAGAUCAUCACAACAAUUGCUGCUGUUGCUGACGCGGCCGAGAACAACUUUGCCGAAUAUUACCCACGAUUGUCACACUCACUCAAGUACAUCCUCAGCAACUCUAACUCGCGGGAAUUCAAGGCUUUGAGAGGAAAAACAAUGGAAUGUCUGUCUCUUAUUGGUAUUGCUGUUGGAAGAGAGAACUUCAGAGCGGAUGCUGCUGAGAUCAUGAACACUUUGCUUCAAAGUGGCCUUACUUUCGAUGAGGAAGACGACCCAGAACUCUCCUACAUGAUCAGCUCGUGGGCUAGACUAUGCAAGGUCCUUGGCGCCGAAUUCGCUCCCUACCUUCCUCAUGUUAUGCCAAGUAUCAUGAAGUCGGCCAGCAUGCAACCCAAUGUCAAUAUCAUCAGCGACGAUGAAGUUGGAGGCUACGAUGAAGACGACUGGAACAUAAUCUCGCUUGGAGAUCAACGAUCAAUUGGUGUGAAGACUGCUGGUCUUGAGGACAAACUAACUGCUUGUGAAAUGUUGGUGAGCUUCGCCAGAGAUCUAGGAGCUGCUUUCGGACCUUAUAUUGAGGAAGUCUUGAAUCUGAUGGUAUCUGAAUUGAAAUAUGUCUUCCAUGAUGGUGUCAGAAUUGCUGCCGCUGAAUGUUUGCCAGCUUUACUGGCAUGUGUGAAAGAACAAGGUGUAGAUACCGAAAGAGCUGUCUUCAACCGAAUCUUUGAGCCUUUAAUGUAAGUUUUAGAUAUUAUAUUCUACUGUAUUCUGAAAAGAGAAGGUUUGUGUUAUUCAUCAUAGGCUAAUAUUAAACUUAUUACUCGUUGUGAAUAUUAUUUUAACUUUUUUUGAUAAGCUAUUUGUUGUUAAUAUACAGAAUUUUCUAUUUUUAGCAAGUCUUUGGAAAAUGAAAGCGAUUUGGAAGUGUUGGCCAGCAAACUAUACGCUGUAGCUCAGAUGAUUGAAGAAACCGGUACCCGUUUGUUUGGAGAAAACGAACUCAAGAUUGUUUUGGGUGUUGUACAAAACCAGAUGAAACGUUACGAGGAGCGACAAGUCGAGAUUAAGAAGAGCCGAAAGGACGACGACUUUGAUGAGGAAGAUCAACAGGAACUUGAAGCAAUCUAUGAUUCAGAAGCUUCAGUUUUGGCUAGAAUAGCUGAUGUUGUUCACUAUUCCUUUGCCGCCUUUGGGGAGAAAAUGCUGCCAUACUUUGCCGAAUUGAAUCAACAAUUCGCUGUACUUUUGGACUCUUCACGACCAUGGAGGGAUCGUCAGUGGGGAACUUGUAUUUACGAUGAUAUUAUUGAAUAUGGAGGUGAUCAAGGCCGUCUACAGUAUCAACAAGUGUAUUUGCCAAAUUUAUUGAGGCAUGCUGGUGAUGAUGACUACCCAGAAGUGCGACAGGCUGCUGCUUAUGGUAUUGGUGUAUUGGCUAUGAAGGUGAGUGGUUUUGGUCUUUUUGAGGCUUGCCUAUCAAUUACUUUUGUAAAAUAUUGUCUAUUAUAAUAUUUUUUAGAUUACUUUAUAUUUUACAUAUAUUUAUGUUUCAGGGUGGCCCACAAUUUGCCCCAUUCUGUGCAGAAGCCGUGACAGUUAUGGCUCACGCUAUCAACCUCCCCAAUGCUCGCGAAUCCGAAGAAGGCUUGGCAGCCACAGAGAACGCUAUCUCAGCCGUGGCCAAGAUUCUGAAGCACAAUUCGUCAGCUCUCGACACAAAUACUGUCAUCCCCGCUUUCAUAAGCUGGCUCCCAAUCUGGCAAGACGAUGAGGAACUUCCUUAUGUCUACGACUACUUCUGCGACCUGGUAGAAGGACAACACUCGGCUGUGAUUGGAGCUAACAAUGAGAACGUACCUAAAAUGUUCCAGAUCAUCUUGUCUACAUUUAGUCACGGAGCUUUUGAAACAGAUGAGCCGGCCAAGGAGUUGAUUCAGACCAAAGAGAGACUAGCCAACAUUUUGAAGGCUUUGAGGGUAAGUUAUUAAGACGGAUAGUUUAGAAAAAGGUUUAUUUGAAAAUGGCUAUUUUAAGAAAAAAUGGCAUUUUGAUGGGAUGAAAAUUUUAUAAUUUAAUUUUUCAUAAUCUUAACUUGACAUUGCGCUAGCCCAACUUAACGUUUUUUUAUUGGAAAACAAUAUAUUUUCAUUUAUUUUACCAAAUUUUAUGAUAAAAUAUGAUCGAUUUUGCAUAAUUUUAUAUUCUUUUAGCAAAAUGAAACCCUCUUCCAACAGAUCGUAAGCAGCAUCCAAAUCAGCCCUCAACAACACAAAAUCCUGGAAGUAAUCCUAGCCUAA